ACGCAGUAUUUAGAAAUUGGCUUCAGAGUUCAGACCCUGCAAUUCAUACCUUCGCCUGAGCUGAGACCAAGAACUCGAGCUCUUGAAUUCACUCUUAACACUUCACUCUCUCUCUCUCUCUCUCUCUCUCUCAAAGAUGUGGGCCAGUGCGGAAGGAGGGCCUCCAGAGGUGACACUGGAAACCUCCAUGGGUUCUUUCACCGUUGAGCUAUACUACAAGCACACACCGAGAACUUGCAGGAACUUCAUUGAACUCUCUCGCAGAAACUACUACGACAACGUUAAAUUCCAUAGAAUCAUCAAGGAUUUUAUGGUGCAAGGUGGGGAUCCCACUGGAACAGGAAGAGGUGGAGAAUCCAUAUAUGGUUCAAAGUUUGAUGAUGAGAUUAAGCCAGAGUUGAAGCACACUGGGGCGGGUAUUUUGUCCAUGGCAAAUGCUGGUCCAAAUACAAAUGGAAGUCAGUUCUUCAUAACCCUGGCUCCAUGUCCAUCACUGGAUGGAAAACAUACCAUAUUUGGAAGAGUUUGUAGGGGAAUGGAGAUAAUCAAAAGACUUGGCAGUGUCCAAACUGAUAAUAAUGAUAGACCCAUCCAUGAUGUGAAGAUACUACGGACAUCGGUCAAAGAUUAAUAUCGAGUUGCUGUUACUGAGGCACAUGUUUCAGGUUCCAAAAUGGUCAAGACUCAAGUGGUGGGUUUCUUGAAUAUCUUGUAUCAUUCAGAAAUGUGAUAAAACAUUGUAUUUGGAAUGCUUUCAUAGAAUAGUAGGGCAGAAAGUUUUGAAAUUUUUUAAGUAGGAAAGUAUCUGCCUGGAUUCAGGGUUUUUUUUUUUUGUUUUAAUUUUAAUUAAGUGUUCUCAAAUA